GAACAGCUUAUGAUCGAAAACGGUUAAUUCCAUUAUUUCGGUGUUAGUUUAACUCAACGGUUAACGUGACAUUUUUCGGAUUAAAGCGAGUUCUAUAUAAGCCCGUCAAAAUAUAAUAAAUCUAAAAGAGAUAAUUGAUUAUGGGUUGCGGCCGAUCAAAGGUGGUAGAGCCACUCAAAAUUUCAAUUCCCUCACCGACACCACCUCCGCCAACACCUACGCCAUCACCGCCACCACCGCCACCACCACCACCACCACUGCCAAGGGAUAGAGUCGAAAUAGAACUCGACAAGGGUAAAGACGAGGGAGAUGUGGUCUACGAGGUUGAUGGCUAUCCUGACCCAACUCCACCCACGGAGGAAACAGACGUGAAGCUGAAGAAUGCCGACAAUUGGUACGACGACGACGAGUUUAACAAGGCCAGUGACGACGCCGACCUGUUUGACACGGAGGCGGGCACAGACGACGUGUCAAUAUUCUCAAAUGACGCCGUAGGGGGUCGCCCAGGAAGGUCUGUGUCGCCAGGCCAGAUACAUCCGAAAACAACAAAGAGAAAGCCGACGUUGUCAUAUACGGGCGUUGAUGCGCAUGCGAAAAAGGCUGGAAAUGGCGUCCUCGACUCCUUCGACGCCUUGGUCAAGUACCUGAGUGACCCCUGGAUAUCAGACAGGCACAGUAAGAUUCUCAUCGCGCGCUCUAUCCUCUCGUGGAUGGGGGCUCAGCGUGUAGAGGACACAGAUUUUGGCGAACCGCGUCAGGAUACACCCAGAGGCUUGUUGGCGUACCUCAAAGCCGGACGGAUGACGUACUCGACAUGCUACGCCGUAUUGUGCAGAAAGGCCGGUUUGCAGUGCGUGGUCAUCCAAGGCCUGGUGAAGGCGGCCAGGUACGAGCCUGGCGAUAAGUCACUUCCGGAGUGCAACUGGACCGCCUUCCAUUGCGAGUACGGGUGGCAGCUGGUUCAUCCUUACUGGAUGUGUCGGGCGCUGUGCGGACACAGUCUAGGAGGGUGGACCAAAGUCGAGGCCGACGGAAUGGCGUUAAGCGCGAGACAAAAAGAAACAGCGGGCGUCCGUAUCAACACUUUCCAGGAGCGUUAUUUCAUGCCCAAGCCUUCAGAAUUCCUGUACGAAUGCUUCCCAUUUAACACAGCCUGGCAGCUCGUGGACAAGGAUCUUAAGGUGCGAAGCAAACAGGAGUUCAUCGACCUUCCGUAUCUACUUCCGCCCUUCCAUGGCUUGGGUCUUCAAUGGCAGUCAGAGCGGAAGUGCGUGCUCCAGUCUCAAGAGGGCUUCUGUCGAAUUGAGCUGAAAGGCCGAACGACAAACGCCCAUCUUCUAAACAUGCAAUACGAACUUUUCCGGAAGUCAAAUAACGGAGACACUGAAUCGGAUAAACUUUUUCCAAGAAUGGUAUUUAACUCGAGGUCAAACGAGCACUUUAUAUUCGAUAUUCGUUUCCCAGCGGAGGGCACAUACAAACUGGUCGUGUAUGGAGGACCUUACAAGUCAACGGCGCUCAGGCUGUUUGAAGUGUUGAUCCAUUGCAAAAAGAAAAUGCCCAAGAGUUUCAACCUGCUACCGCUCAACUGUGCCGACAUUGGCUACGGACCUGGGCCAGUGUCCAUGAACGCUGGUCUACUGAUGCCUUCAAAACCGAACGGGCUCAUUGCAGUGAACAAGAAUGAUAAAGAUAUCGCGACGGAAAUCAAGUUUCAUAUUCGAGAUGACUUUGUGAGAAAACAUAAGUAUUCGGCGUCCAUAUAUGGCUCCGGUUCCGAUGAAGAUGUGGACUCUCCCGAGCUGAUAGACGGAAGUGACGAAAUUCGUGACGUCGGCGAUAAGAAGGAAUCCAAAAAGGGGCACUUAAAGCUGACGAUAACAAAGGAAUAUCACUUGGUGAUCCUAGUGCGGCUGCCGGCGGAGGGCGAGUACGGGGUCACAAUAUGUGACACCAUUCAGACUGGAAGUGACGUCAGAGCAAAGACCGUGUGCAACUACCUGGUGUCAACGAUAGCGUACCACGGAACCUUCAUGAAGGCGAACGAGCGGCUGGCCAAAAAGAGCCUUCUCGAUGCGUGCAGCGAGCAGGUGACGGGGCGAGACUUCAAAAAAAAGAUCACCAACAUAGAGCAGAACCUGGACAAGUGCCGCCGGCAGGGCAUCAAAGACUCGGACGAAGACGUCUGUAUGGCGGAGACCGAGCGGGAAUUCCUGCGCUGCAAGGACUUACUACGUGACUGUCACCUCCGCGACAACUUCCACGUGACCAUGAGGGCGCUUGCUGUGAUGGCGCGCUACCGGAACCGCGCCGCUCUCCGGAAGGAGAUCAAAGAAGUGGAGGAACUCCGGACAAACCAAGAGAGUAAACGAGACGGAGCCCCUACAACUUAGACAAUUAAAUAUCGAGCUUCGUUCAUGAAUGAGUAUAGUUAAGGUCGCCAUGACUUCGCUGAAACAUGCGUUUAAAUAGAACCUUUUUCUCGGCAUAAUUUGCAUCGCACAGAUACCUUGCUGACUGUCAAACAUGCUUUAACUUAACUUCGACGCGCCGAAAAAAAAGCAUUCGUAACUUGCAAAAAUAAGUGAUUUUGUAUAGUUGGCACAGUAUUGCAUAUUAUUUAUUUACUGAAAACAAUUUUUAUUAGCAUACAAUAUUUGUAAGCUAUUGUCUACGAUGUUAGUAAUGUUUAAACACGUACUUGUAAGAUUAAAGAUUUAUCUAGAUACCAUAUUGCACUAUGGUUAGUUCAGAUUAGCUAUCACAAUCUGUAUGUUCGCGCUUUACCACAGGCCAAUUAUGCACACAUUGUAACAAUGAGUAGUCAACAAUUUGAAUAAAUUAGAAUUACAAUUAAAAGGCAAACAUACACUAUGUGCUUCUGUUUAUUCUGUGGCUUUCUUUACUACGUUUUAAGUCUUUUAUUUUCUCUAGAAGUCAAAGUCAUUUCGCUUACAUGUUACACGCUUUUGACAAUAUAAGUAUAUAUCUAUAUGAAAACUGGAACAAAAUGUCUGAAACAUCUCCGUUCACAUAAAGACAUUCUUGUUGAUUCAAUAAUUCUUGCUCCAUUGCUAUUGUAAACGCUUGGAAUGCAAACCUGUUCAAAUUUUGGAAGUUACAUUCCGUAAAGUAUAAUUAUCUAUCAUGCAUAUAGAACUGUUAACAUAAAAUAUUUUAACUUUACAAAAAUAUUUCUCACAAGUUCAGUUCUUGUAUAGUUUGUGAUAACCGUUGUCGUUGGAUAAAAAAUUUGAUAUUAAAAUCGUACUUAUAUACAAUUUAGUUGUGUCAACUAAAAAACUCUGGGCGUCUUAAACAUAGAAGUGGA